UCAGGUAGGUUAUGCUGGAAAUCUGUAGUGUAUGUUUACUUCCUAGAUUACGUUAUUAUUGGCAUUCAUUACCUUUGUAUCAUCAUCUUUGAACUGACAUCAGUUGCGAAAAUAAUGUCAGUGACUCACACGACACCGGAAAAUCAAUCAGUUGUUGAUACAGAAAUGUCUAAAAGUGAUUCUGAACAUAACUCUGUUAGAUCUACUUCAAAUCAAGAAUUAAAAAAUGAAAUUAAAAUUAUUCUUGAAGAAUUUUUGCUUAAAGAUCUUGAGGUUCGACAAAAAAAGCCAGGCACAACACCAAGGCGCAACAAAAGUGAUCCUUUCACUGAAAGAAUAAGGCUCCCGCCAAAUUCUGUUAAAAAUGGAGUUCCCAAAAGCAAAUCAAUGUCUCCACAGAUACUUGGGUCGAGCCUUAAAAGCAGAAAAGAACUUGAGAAGGUUCACUCAGAUACCAUCGACAGCUCGCACAAAGAGAAUGGAUUCCUAUCAUCAGCAGAAUCAGACGGGGAUCAGCAUGUGAGCUCUCUGACUAAAAAAAAGAAGAAGAGUCGCUUCAAGAGAGCGUCUGUUAUUAUCAAUCAUUUCUUAAACAGAAAGGAGAAGAAAACUAAAGAGACUGACAGCAGUUCAACUCUCUCAGCUGGUAAUCAAACAAGAAAAACCUCAGAGACAUUAAGUACAAGCAGUGCCUACAGAGUAUCUGAUUUGGAUACACCAGGAUACAAUGCUAGCCCCAAGACAAAAAAGCCCUCAAUAUUUAUGUCAUUCCGCAAGAACAAAAAGUCCACCAAGAAAGGAUCUUUUGUGCCAGAAGCUGAUUUCCAAGUGAAUAUUUCAGAUGAUGAAAACACUCCAGCUUUGAAACUUCCACCUGCACAGCCGAUUAAUAUUACUGACAAUAAAGCUGAUAGAGCAAAUGAAACUUCAGGAUCUCUACUGUUUAUCAAUGCUGAACCGCCUCCGCCCCCACCAUCACACUCUUCCAGGUCCAAUUCAUCCAGUCCGCCAGCAUCCAACCUGGCCUCUAGCUCCUCAACUAACUACCCCGCCAGUGACGUGACAUUGAAUACUAUAGGAUCUAGCGCCCACAGUAAUGCUUUGGAUGACCCAGGAGAAGAUAUUGACUAUAUGGACAUUGAGCCAUAUGAAUUAACCAGUCCAGUCAGUGAUGUCAGAAACAACUUUGGUCUAGUGCCGAGGAAGAUGUCCGCUUCUAAAUUUUUGGACUCUGGGGGUAUAAAACAUUUACAGUUGCUGGCCCAAGCCCACCAAGAAAGCAGGUCCAAACUUGAUAGAAUCUCAGGAUCAAAAAUGAAUGCUGAUGCUGUAGAUGGAGCUAACAAAGAGCAUGACAACAAGCAAGAAGCACCUCAGAGACAGAAGAGCAAGGAGGAGCUAUAUGGGAAAAUUGCCAAGAAGCUGGCGGAAAUGGCUGACCAGUACUCAUCGGAAUCAGCAGAAGCAAAUGGUGCAGCAGCUUCAGCACCUCUCUCAGAUUUAGAGAGAGAAAUCAUAUCUUGCCUUAGGUCAGAAGGAGAUCGCAACUCUGCUAUUAUUGAAGAGAAGUUUGAAGCUAUGGCUGCCCAGACAGCAGAUGAAGCUUACCAGAGAUUCAAAAGCACCAUCAAAAGUUCCGUCAACAAUGAGCUAAGUUGGGAUCACCUAGCCUUUGUAUUCUACACGACCAAAGCUGUGAUCUCUGCAGUGGGUAAAGGAACGAAGGCAGCCAGUAAAGCUAAAGAAUAUUCUUUAGAAUAUAUUAGCGACACUUUUGCAACAUGGAUAAUGGAUCAAGGUGGAUUUGACACUAUCAUGAGUAGCAGUGAUUCAGAUUUUGAUGUGGACUGAUGGGAAGGUUGUGCGACUACUGUGUGUCAAGUUACUUUGAAAUAUAAAUGGAGGAGAUUGAGGGCCGGCUCUCCAUCUCUGAAACAUGCCUCAAGAUAAACGUGACGGCAUAUAUGUAAAGAUCAAGUUUACUGAUCAAGAAACUAAUCACUUGAUUAAAUCUGGUGUGAACCUCUGAUGCAAUCAUUGAAUGAAUUAUAUAUACAUAUAUUAUGUAUUAAAGGACUUUUUGAAACGCCAAUUGCUUUGGAGAAGUGUAAAGCUAAAAUUUCAUUCAAAACGUUUUCGUCCAAAAUUGUAUCUGUUUUUUUUUUUUAAACAAAAUUACAUUUAAAUUUAAGAACAUUCUUUUACAUCUGUAUAAAUUCAACUUUUUCGUUAAAAUAUUUUUAAUGUGUUUAAUGUUUUGCAAUUUCUAACAAAUGCUAAUUAUUAAACAGCAAUAUGAAUUUUUAUUUUCUGCUUGACUCUCUCAUUCAUUUAAUAUUUUGAUAUUAGACACCACAUAGGCAGAUUGAUCUUGUAACACCUUCCAUUGAUAUUUAAAUGCUCAUGAGUAAAGUACUUUUUAGAAUAUAAACUUCAAGAGUUUAGACAAGAUAAAAGAAAAGAUAAGAGCUAACUUUGAUUCAUUUUUUUAAAAAAGUCUCAAUUCUUUUUAAGGGUAGCCCAGUUUUUGAGUGAAACCAAUGUUAUGUAUUUAGCUUUACUAACAUAAAAUCUAGACUUGAUUCUAUUUCUAGGCAUGGUUUGAAAACAUAGCACAACUUGAAAAACUUUUUUUUGUUGAAUACCUUAGUAAAUUGCUUAUUUACUGUAGACUUACUUCAAUCAGUAAAUGACUUACUUCAUUCAUAUGUUAAUGCUGUAAUAUCAAGACCUCAAUAUUUUGUGCUGUGCAAAAAAGGAGGGGGGGUAGAGAGCUUUUAGUAAUAAUAAUUUAACUUUUUUUAUCUUUUGUACAUCUUUUAAACUGCAACUCAAAGUGUUGCGUCACAAUGAUAAUUUUUAUUAGACUGGAAGUUAAUAUCAACACUCAUCACCUUAGAUACAGCUUCAUUACAUAAAAGUAAUUUUCCUAAUAAAUAUGAUGUAUCAAAAAUGUAUUAGGCUAAUUAGCCUAAUUGGAGGAAAAAGUAAUAAUACUUCAUACAAGGUACACAUUUCUACCUGUGCUCCUUCUUCCCUAGUACCAUUAGAUUGGGUUGCCUAAAUCAGCCAGGAAAAUCGAUGACUUAGCAGAUCUCAAGUCUAAUUAACAUAUGUGACUAGAUUAACGCAUGGAUAAGCGUAGGUUGUAAUUAUCUUCUCUUUUUAAGGAACACUCUUAAUAAAUGAGAUAAAAUUUAAGCUUUCUUUGAAAUCUAAGUAAAAUUCCUUUAACCUUAUGUUCAAAAGAAUAUCUUUGCCCUAACCGUUAUAAUAUUGUUUUAUGUAACACUUAAUGUAUAACUCGGCCACUAAUAAAGACCUUUUCUGAAACGUUAUAUCUUGGAUGUAAAUACGCCUUGGGCCAGAGAAAUGACAUAGAAAUAUAACCGGAGUGUGGUGCCCGGGCAUUGUGCCCCCUUUGUCCUUCCUCACUACACCUCUGCCUUGGGCUACUAUUUUAAGAUUAUACAGGAGAGAAGGAAUAAAUAUCUUAUGAAGAUAACACAAAUAAUCAGUGACAGUGACCUUUAUUCCAAUUAGAUUGUAUGUCUUGGAUUUCAUUGAUUUACAUCUGACAGUGAUAGGAAGAUGAAGUGGAUUUUUUUUCUAUUGAAGAAUGAUAUAUGUAAGUUAUAGUAAAAGUUUCCAUUUCAGAUGGUGUAAAGGUCAUCUGUUUCUGUGGUCUACGGUUAAUGUGGGUGUCAUGUGGCCAGCAUAACUACCAACCACCUUUACUUUUCCCCAACAAAUGUCAGAUAACCAUUAGAGCUGGGUGGACUCAGAGGUGCUUAUAGUUUCCGAAAUUAAAAAUCCCAGCCCUCACCAGGAUUCAAACACGGGACCCCCAGUCUGGAAGCCAAGCACUUUACUGCUCAGCGACCUUGCCCCUGAAUGAUAUAUGCCUUCAUAUUUAUUGAUAUUAUUGAAUUAAAAGAGUAAAAAAAUAAAUUUUCUUUAAGUAGAUUUUUUCCUUAAAUAUUUUCACUAUUGUAAAUUAAAGUAAUUUGUUACUAAGAGCUACUCAGUAUAUUAGGCUACUCAGUAUAUUUUUUCUAGUCUGUCAUUCAAUUUUCAAGUUAAUAUAUUAUGUGUGUGUCAUUUCUCAAGCCAAGUUGAUAUCAACUGCUUUUGCCAUCUGUGGGGCUCAGGUUAGGUUUUAUAUUUCUGUGCCACAUUAUGUGUCUGCAGAUACCUAUAUGAGCUCAUUAUGUUUGACUGUAAACUAGACAUGCUAAUUGCGGCUGGUCACUAUGUCUGAUGAGACAAUCACAGUUAAGAUAGUAUAUGUUAAAGUAUUUAGAUAGUGAAUAUGUUAGUAUUGAUAGUAUAAAUAGCCAGUGCACUAGUUUAUAUGUCAUUGUAUAAUUUAAAUGUAUGCAUUGUUUUUCUUGUAUGGAUUAUAAUUAGGUUAAUGUUAAGGAUCUAUGCAUCGGACAUUGACCAAUUAAAACAAAACAAAAAAUAGUAAUAUUAAGCUUUCAGUCUUAGACAUUUUAACCACUCUACUGGAAGAAAUAAUGUUUGAAGUAUUCUAAAUUAUAAUCAAAGUAGAACUGCCCAGGUAUUUCUUUUGGACACUAUGCAUCGGACAUUGACCAAUUAAAACAAAACAAAAAAUAGUAAUAUUAAGCUUUCAGUCUUAGACAUUUUAACCGUUCUACUUGAAAUAGGGUUUGACGUAUUCUAAAUUAUAAUCAAAGUAGAACUGGCCAGGUAUUUCUUUUGGACACUAUGUUGCCUCUCAUGAGAAAACCUUUUGAUAGUUUCCAUCCCGUAUCAUUAUGUUAAAUAUUGAAACUUAAAUGAUGUAUCAAAUGUUUUUUUACAUAGUACACAGUAUGUUUAGUUGGAGAAGAUAAUGUAUUCAUCCUGUUGAAUAGCUUGUAGAAAUUGUAAUUUUCUGUGUUAAUAGCAAAGCUUAUAACAUCACCAUCCAUUCCAUUCAAAGCAAAAUACACAUUCUGCUAAUUCCACAACUCAUUGAAGGUUUGAAAGCUAAUGUCUACUGAUGUAUAUUCCAAGAGAAUCAUGAAAAAAGCAAAUACUUUUCUUUUUGAAAGUCAAAGGUUAAAGGGUAAUAUAAACUUUGAUCUCAAUUUUUUUUUUAUUAGAAUGAUUUAUUGAGAUUUCUUUUCAACCUAUUAAUUAGCAAUGUUUGUGUUCAUUUCUCAGCAAAUGUUUUCUACAAGAUUAAAAAGAAAACUUUCUUUGUUUAUAAAAUGUUGCUAUUUUCCUGUAUUUUAUAUUUCAUGUAACAUAGAGAUGUUAGUUAGUAAAAUGUAUUUGUUAUUGUUUUUAAAUUGUACAAUGAAAAGAAAUUAACUGUUUAGUUCAUUCCAUAUUUGUGUGUUUUUGUCAACAGUCUUGAAAUGUUUCCCUCUUGACCACAAAAUGUAAAUAUAUUCUAGACUUUCUAUUUUCUGCAAUCAAAAGUACAAUCAUUUCCAGUUGAAAAUUGAUGGAAAGCGAAUAAAACAUACACGUGAGAUUCUUUUUAAUAUUUCACAAAAAAAAACACAUUAUGUACAUGCAUAGACUAUGUUAACUCUAAAUUGAAAAAAAAAAAAAUUAUUGCGAAAUAUGGAAAAUAAUACUUCUAGUGUAAUUAAGGUUAAUUUUGUAUAUAAUCAAUUUCAGCAUCAGCUUUUUUUUGGACAUAAUUCCUAUCUCUAUAUUACAUAAUACAACAGAGUACAUCCAAUUUUUAAAUCAUGAAAACACUCUAACCUCCACACAUGCUACUUUCCAAUUACAUUUGAGAAUGUUUCCAUUGAAAAGUGUUUGUCAUUGAUGUUUCGAGAUUAUUUACAAUUUAAAUUGUUAGAUUUCCAAUCAAAUGAAGCGAAAAAAGUUAUGAAAAAAAUGUAUAUUUUACAUCGUUCAUUUGAUUUAUAUCUUUAUCAUUUCAUUCAUUUGAUUUAUAUCUUUAUAAUUUCAUGCAUUGAUCUGAAUUGUUAAACAUACAUUGAACUAAUUAUUUUUAUUAUUAUCAACACUCAAUAUGCAGUAUUUAACAUUAUCUGAAGUUUUUGUUUUUGACCCAUAAAAUUUUAAUUAGAAAUUUAAAAUUGUAUUGGUCAUGUGGUAUGCACUUUGGUCUGUCGUUUUGAUAGACCUGGGUUCGACCCUGCUCACCACCAUCCCUCACUGUCCACAGGGAGGUUUUGGCUAAGAUGUUAUAAUCUUCAACUCUGAAUGUCAAAACUGCUCCUUAAAUGUUGGCCAAAGAAACAGAUGGCCUUAGCAUCCUCUGCCCUAUAGGUCACAAGGUCUGAAAGGGAACUUUACUUUUACCUUACUGAAUGUCAGAAACAUGUCAAACAAACAAAAUAUUUUGUUAUUCUUCUGUUCAUGUUUCUUAAAAGUGUAAAUAUAUAUUUUAAAGAUCAUAGUAUUCAAUACUGCUGCUCAUACCUUGAUCCAGACACUACGCUCUUUGUUUUUUUUUCUCCUAUUUUUUUAAGUGAGUGAUCUACUGGUUUAUAGAUUGAAACUACUAGUUUUGAGUUUAUGGCUUGGAACUGCUAGUUUUGAAGAUUAAAUAACCAAAUGUAUAAGUUUGUUUAGUUUUCACUUGAAAAUUAUUUGAUUCUUGUUGCAUUGUUUUUCUUGGUCAUUGAUUCUGUUCAACUGCUCUGUAUAAAAAUCUUUUACAUUUCAAGCAACUUUUUAAUUAACUUUUGUUUGUUUUCAGCUUUAUAAUUUGGAUUUAGUCAGAACAUGAACAUCCGAGAUUCAGUCAAUGCAAAGAACUAGAAGGAAAUGUGAAAGCUGACACAUUUGCCAUGUCUGGGAGAACAAACACACAAUUAAACAUUGCACUCUAUCCAGAAGAAAGGAAGAAACUAAUAGUGAAUAAAAUAAAUGAGAAACGGACAAGCUGUCAUCUGAAUCACAAGAAAGAUGAUGCCAAAAUAAGCUAUCCCGAAAAGACGAACGCCUAAUCUUUCGACUCAGGACUGGACACAACAGAAUGAGACAACAUAUGUACUGGAAGCUCAAAAUUGGAACCAGUGAAAUCUGCCCAUGUGGAGUGUCACCAGAGAAUGCUGACCAUGUAUUUCAGGACUGCACUCUCUACCAAGAGACCCGAAUAAGACACUGGCCCCUAAACACCCCAAUAGAAAGAAAACUAUAUGGAGAGCUCUCUGAUUUGGAAACCACUUUGCAGUUCAUCUCAUACAUUGGUCUAGUCAUAUGAACGCUUUAACACAAAAAUGAGAACGAGGAAGGUGAAGAAGAAGUCAAUGCAAACCAAAAUCUGCAAACUUUAUGAAAUGACUUGUGUGUUGUAGGGGUAGGACUUGUUUCACGUCUACCACAAGGACACAUUAGGUAAAAACUACAUUAAGUAUUGGGUGGCCCAAAAGUAGGUUUACAGUUAUCACGUAAAUAAAUAAAAUCAUAAAGAAUUUAAUCUCUGAGAUUCUCAAUAUCUCCUCCUUCACCAUGGUAACAUUCCUCUGUUAGAUAUUGGUGUGACUAAUCAAGUAGCUUCAACCAUAUACAAGGUAGCUUAAUAACUGUAAACCUACAUUUGUGAUCUACCAAUUGUGUGUAGUUCUGCAUUAGUUACAGUUCAAGAUAGUAUUUUUCAACAGUUGUCAUGGUGGCUAUAAAAGUUUUGUGUUUGAAUCUUUUUCAGUUUAAGAAGUGAGGUACUUGACAUUUUUUAGUUUUUUUUACAAAAAAAUUCUCUACCAAGUUUUGAAAAUACAUUUAUUAACAAAAUAAUUUUUUUUAGUGCUAUACUGAAAUAUAACAGGUGGUUGUGAUUGAGUUGUAAAACCUUGAGUUUCUGAAUUAGUUGGCCCAAGUUCAGAUCCCGGUGAGCUGUGAUAUUUAAUUUACGUUCAUAUUUGAGGGUUUCCUUGAUUUCAUUAUGCAUUAACUGACUAGUUAGAUAGAGAAAGUAAAAGCCAUAGGUUGUUGUGCUGGCCACAGAAUAUCCUUGUGGCUUUUGUCUUUAUCACAGAUGUGUUUUAUAACACUUCUCCUUAACUGUUGAACCUUAAAGGAAAAGUGUUGUUGUUUUUUUUUUAUUUAUCUUUUAUAUUACAGCGCCUUGAGCCUACAUUUUGUUUGUUAACAGCGCUUUAUAAAUAAAAUUAUUAUUAUUAUUAUAUAUUUAAAAAAAAAACAUUUUGUAGAAAAUCAAAGUAAAUGAUUAAACUAAGAUGUUUUUUAAAGAAGCCGUGAGGUCGCCAUUCUAGCAUAAUCUCAUUAGAUAACAAUGUAUCUCACUCCUCACUAUGAUCAUUCCUAAUGUGUAAUUUAAAAAAAAACAAACACAUCUUAUUCAAUAUUUAACCCAGUGAUCAAGUCUAUGAUGACUUUUCCAUUCUCACCCAUCUUCUCUAAUUGUGAAUCCUUCAUACUUUGUUAUCACUGAUGAUCUGUUGUUAUUUGUUUUGUGUAUCUUAAGUUUCUUUUGUAUUAUAUUAUUUUCUUAUUUCUGUUGAGUUUCCUGUGGAACAAGGGAAAAAAACUGGGGGGGAGGGGGGGGGCAGAAUAGAGCAUAUAUUGAGGAUGGCAUGAAAUUCUAUUUGAUAAAUUUCAGCGAAAUAAAUUUCCUUAAAGGAAAAGAAAAAUAUGAGACAUUUAAGAAACAGUUAAAGGAGUAAAAGAAAUAUUGCCUUAGAAAACUGACAAUAAGCCUUUCAGUAUUUCCCGUGGCUACGCAGCCCCAGCUGUGAUCUACACAUUUUUGCCACAUCCAGGGCAAGCAUAACCAUUGUCCGCCGGUGGUAAAUUAAGAAAACUGACAAUAAAGUAGUCAAGACUAAGACAGGAAGUGUUUGCACUCUGUCAUUGACAGGAAGUGGUUAAAAGAGUGGGAACUCUGGGCUUAGACUCACAAGGGGAUAUCCCAUUCCCAUGAGUUCAAGCUAAAUUUUUUUUAGCUCGCUCCUAUUUACUCAGCCUCAGCUGAUGUUCUUAAUAUCUUUUAGGUUGAGCUCAGAUCUAGUUAUAAUUGGACAUUGUCACUUCUGACACCAAUUCUAAAAGCUUUCCUAUUCAUGUAGGUCAUUAUUUUAUCGUUUCAAAAUCUUUUCUUUUAACUUCCUGAUGAGUGUCGUUGACCCUAAUUUUAAUAAGUGCAGGCCCGGGGCAUUAAAGAACUUUCGAAAAAACAUUUUACUAAUUGCAUAGUGUCAGUUCCUGAAAACUCUUUCACUUUGGUAGUCUCUGAAAUAAGAUUAAGACAGCAUAUUGUUUGUAUAAAUUCUAUUGCUCUUCUCUAGAUAUUCCCCCCCCCCACCCCCCAAAUCAUGUUUUCCCAGAAUUAUGGGCAUCAUUUUAGGUAAUUUAAGUAGAAAUAAUAAAUACUCGUGUGUGUUCUAAAUAUCACGUCUGUGAGUAAAAUUAAUCACAAAACUAGAUCUACGUAGAAUAAUUAUUUACAUAGCUACUACCUCCUUCGGCCAUUUUAUUUUUAUUUUUUAACCAAGAACUGCAUUUUUAUUUUCGCUCUCAUUACUUUUAACCCGCGUUCAGAAGCACCCCCCACCCAUCUUAUCAGACAUUUUUGUACAUCCAUUACAUAUAACAGAAGAGUCCAUGAGUUGCCACCAUGUCAGUUUAAUAUUUAUGUAUAAUGUAAAAUAUUUAGAAUAUCUGCUUUUUAUUGUUUAUUGGCUGUAGUUAUAUGUUCUGUUUCCUGUUGCACUUAUUUGAUGGAAAUAUAUCAAGUGUUUCUGAAUGUAACAUUUUUUCUUUAUAUAACAGUUUUAAACUUUAUAUUUUUAUUUCAAUAUUCAAGUAUCUGUAAAUAAUAAAUAGAUUUACAAGUUCAACUCGUGUAAAUCCUGUAUUUUAUUUUUAUUUUAUCUUUGGCCAAAAUUGUACCGAUGUACCCUAAAUAAAAUAUCAAAUAUCAUAUCAGAAAGUUAAUUAGUAUAUUUCUUUAAUUUAAAUCCAUUUUAUGCAAAGUCUUUGAAACCAUCUUUUAUUUUUGUUUUUGCUCAAGCUAUUUUUUUUUUUAAUUAAAAAAAAACUUUUUUCUAUUUCAAACCAAAACCUGUUGAAAUUGUAUUGUGGCAAUAUUGUUUCCUUUAUAUUGGCCUUAUUUUUGAAAUACCAAGUUAUUUUUUUUUUUCUAUCUUGCAAUGUUAUAUACAUUCUUAAUAUUUUACUUUUUUUUAAUUACUUAAUGUUUGUACAGCUCAAUAGGAUCAAAGGUGCCAUUAUGUCAAUGUUGAACUUUUUCACAGCUGACUUAUUUGUGUCAAGUCCAUGACCCCCCUUGUGUUUAUAAAUAUUGACUUUCUGUUCGACAUGGUCAUAUCACAGUCCAUAUGAUUGUUGUUUUUUUUUUGUAGAUUUAUAAGAUUGUUAGUUGAACUAAUGAUUGCUGCUAGACUGUCAUAGUGAUGGUCCUGAGCUCAAACCCCAUCUACUAUCAUCCCGUAAUGUCCUGCUGGAAGUUUAUAGGCUAGGGCAGCGGUUCUCAACCUUUUAUGCUCGGCGGCCCCUUUUUACAAUCCCACAGUCUGCCGCGACCCCCCACACACACACACACACACAUACAUCAAUAGAGGAAUAGACAAUAACAGUCCAUAUUUUCAAUGGUCUUAGGCAACCCUUGGCAAAUCGUCAAUCGACCCCCAAAGGGGUCACGACUCACAGGUUGAGAACCCCUGGGCUAGGGCAUGUGAAUCUUUUCUGAAAGAAUAUACUUUUAACUUUUGAUCAAUAAUCUUAUGAUAGAGUGUGUAUACUUUUAAUUUUGAGUUUUUGUAUUAGCAUGUCUCUUUUUAAAUUAUUACCUCUACCUAUCCCUUAGUGUGUUAGACCAUUGGGACACCGUGCAAGAUUUGUUGACCGUCUUUCUCCAUUCUUCUCUGUCUUUAGAACCUUUCCAUUCUUUUAUGUUGUCCUCCCAUUGCUUUCUCUGUCUGCCUCUUCUUCUUUUUCCUGGUUCUGUUCCCUGAAUGAAGGAUUUUGAGAGCCCCGAAGUCUUUGUAAUAGGGCCAUAGAUUUUUAGCUUGUGUUUUUAGAAACAUUUUAAGUUCUAAAUCAAUUAAAAAUCAAUCAAAUAACAAAUUUUAGAACCAUUGCUUUUUAAAUAUUCCUUUAAAAAAAGUUUAAUUGAGAAGUUUAAUUUUUCAUAUCAAUCUUUUCACUUCAAUAAAAGCAAAAUUAAAAUAUUUUUUUCUAAUUGAGCUGAGCAUGACCAAGUGUCCUCAUUACAAACUUGUUCUUUCUGUCUUUCCAUUCCGUAUACUCAAUACUCAUUCCUGAGAUAUUCUUUACUGAGCUGCUUUUUAUAUUGUCUUGAUAUAAUAUAUGUGUGAUUUUAAUGACUACUUUAAUCCAUAGCAGUGUUUACAAGCAGUAUAAACAUUGUUAAAUACUAGAGUUCAACAACAUUUUUUUUUAAAGUUUUCUCUUUAAACUUUACCACUCAGUGUCUUUGAAUAUUGUUGCAAUGUAUUCAAUCAUGUCCAUCAAUAAUUCAGUGAAAGUAUUUAUAGUAUAGCAAGAUAAUUGAUAUUGUGUAUUCAUCUACUUGUAUACCACAUUGGCUUCAUAUAUUGUCUAAACAUUAGUCGUUGUACAAUGCCAGUGUUUGCUCAGAGGAUUAUGCUAAAUGUAUGCAGUUAGUGAUAUUUGUUUCUUGGACUUACCUUCUGUACGAAGCUCAAGGGGAGCUCUUGCAGGGGAACAUCUGUCAGGAUGUGAAGCCUUAUUUCUAUGUUCACUCACUUUAGUAAUAUGACAUUUAGGCAAUAAAUUCACUUUUAUGUCAAUAA